AUGGCCCAGACCCAGGUCGGUAUUAAAGUAGUGAAAACGAAACCCUUUGCGGGACAAAAACCUGGUACAAGUGGUCUUCGGAAAAGAGUAGGUUAAUUUGAAUUAGUCAUUAAUGGUCGCAAAUAUUACAGGUUCCCGAAUUUCAACAAGAACACUACACAGAAAAUUUUAUUCAAUGCGUUUUGGACGGUGGGCUAGGGGAUGAAAAGGUUGGAGCUUGUCUGGUUGUCGGCGGGGAUGGAAGGUACCUAUGCCCGCAGGCCAUCAGCGUUAUAAUUAAAAUGAGCGCGGCUAAUGGAGUAAGAAUGAUAUUUCUGUGCAUAUAUUUUUAGAUUGACAAAUUGAUCAUUGCAAAAGACGGCAUCCUUUCCACGCCAUCUCUUUCUCAUGUUAUCCGAGCCCGAAAGUACAAUAAUGGAAAAAAGAUUCAUGGUGGAAUCAUUCUAACAGCUUCACAUAACCCUGGAGGACCAAAGAAUGAUUUCGGAAUAAAAUUCAAUGGCGAAAAUGGUGGGCCAGCUCCAGAAAAGGUUACCGACAAGAUCUUUGAGUUGACUAAAACGAUUAGUCAAUACAAGAUUUGCCCUGAUCUUAACAUUGAUUUUGGCCAAGUUGGGGAGGCUGAAGUUGUGAGAGAAGGCUAUUCGAGUAUGACGAUUCAAGUCAUCGAUGGGAUUGACGAUUACGUUACUUAUAUGGAAGAGAUCUUCGACUUUUCGGAGGUAUGCUGAAUUUUUAUUUGUAGAAGGGUUUAUAACAUUUUGUUAGUUGAGCCGUUAAUUAGCAAAGGUGGGCGGCAACACAGGCUCUUUCCGGGUCGAUUUUGCCAUUUUCUUCAUCGAUCCAGUCGGCCAGCUUGUCGAGGGCUCGUUCGGAAAGGGUAUGGCAGAGUUGCUCUAGUUUCUCAAUCUUUCCGUAGUAGGUGUGGCAAUAUUCCUGUAAUGUACUUAUUUUCUUAAAUCAUGCUUUACCUUCACUAAUGGCUUCAAUGUCUCACGGUCAUAUUUGCCCAGUUCCUCUAACUUAUCCUUGACACUUGUGAAAAGCUGCUUGCACGGAGUGCAAAGUCUUUCAUCCGUGAUGCUUGCAGUUUGGAAGUCCGAACUUUGAUAUUGGGCGAUGUCGAGGGGGUUACGUGGAUAAUCGGCUAAAGUCUUGGACAAAGCCAGGCCAAUUAUAACUGACAGAAUGAGAACAGUUCUCAUGAUUUCUGGAAUUGUUAUACCAUUGAGGUUCUUGUCUUUUAUACCUUAAAUUCAAGAUGGCGAGACGCGGAAUAUCAGGCUUAAUGAAGUUUAAAUCGGUUUAACUGGCAUUAGUUUUUGCGAUAAGUGGAGAAAGGGCAGAGUAUAGAAAGUUACAAUUAAAGAUGCUUAAAAAUUGAUUGAUACAAGGAAAAAUUAUUUGAAUAUAUUUUUAAAUUUCAGAUCCGCCGGUUUGUCUCAGGGGAGUUGACUGGAAAACCGUUCAAGAUCUUGGCCGACUCCAUGAGUGGGGUUACCGGUCCAUAUGUGUCCACCAUCCUUGUCGAUAAGCUUGGCGCUGCGCCGGACUCUUGCCUCAGAACGAAACCUUUACCAGAUUUUGGAGGAGGACAUCCUGAUCCCAACUUGACCUACGCAAAGGAUUUGGUGACUCGUAUGGAAAGAGGGGAGCAUGAUCUAGGUGUUGCUUUUGAUGGAGAUGGAGACCGGAACAUGAUUCUUGGAAAAAACGGAUUCUUUGUUACUCCAAGUGAUUCUUUGGCAGUAAUUGGCGCCAAUAUUCAAUGCAUCCCAUAUUUUCUGAAACAUGGCGUGAACGGUAAUUUAUUAAAAGGGGAAGGAUUGGAGUGUGGCAAACAGAAGUGGAAAAAUUGGUUAAAAUUUAGAACGUAAUUUUUUAAAACGGGGUAGGGCACUCGGAACUUCCAACAUUAUUUCAUGCAUUUUUUCCGUCAAUAAUGCACCAAUUUCUAUAAAAUUUAUAUCAAAUUUAACGCGCCAUUUUCUGUCUACCAAGUAUUAUGCGUCUACGUUCACAGAGGAACCCGUACUGACCUUUGGAAUUUUCAUUCUAAAUUUUAAAGCCCAUAAUCGGUGAAGCUAGAAAAAAAUUUCGAUGUUCAAGGAAUGAUAUAUGGUUAGCUCGAAACUCGCAUGCGAAAUUAUAAGAAAAUCUCUGUGCCCCACCUGAAAAGACUUACCUUGUUAGAUACUGUAAUUCGAUGUUUCAGGUUUUGCCCGUUCCAUGCCAACGGCUUGUGCUAUUGAUAUUGUUGCGAAGGCAAAGAACCUCCCGUGUUAUGAAGUGCCCACUGGUUGGAAGUACUUUGGAAAUCUGAUGGAUGCCAAGAAAUUAUCUUUGUGCGGUGAAGAGUCUUUCGGAACUGGAUCUGACCAUAUUCGUGAAAAGGACGGAAUUUGGGCCUUCCUGGCUUGGCUUCAGAUCUUGGCCAGAACCAGAUCCAGUGUCCCCGAACUUAUUAAGAACCAUUGGAAAACUUAUGGGAGAAAUGUGUUUACGAGAUAUGAUUACGAGAAUGUCGAUGCUUCUGGCGCUAACCUUAUGAUGACUUAUCUAACUCCAAUGUUGGGUGGUUUUGCUGGGAUGGAAUACAAGGCCAAUGGCCAAACGUUUAAGGUUCUAAAAGCUGACAACUUCUCGUAUACCGACCCUGUCGACGGAUCAGUUGCUAAAGAGCAAGGAAUCAGAAUCUUCUUCGAAGGAGGAGCUAGGGUUAUCUAUAGAUUAAGUGGAACUGGAUCGGCUGGAGCCACAAUCAGAGUUUAUGUGGAAAAGUAUCUUCAGAAUGACGACCCUCAACUGGAGGCUCCGUCUGAGGUUCGUUCCACUUCUUAAUAUAACUUCUGAUUUUAUUUUAGGAGUUACUGAAACCAGCCAUUUUGGUUGCUCUUCAAAUAUGCAAAAUGGAACAAUUUACCGGUCGAACGGCCCCAACAGUCAUCACCUAA